AUGGAAAAUUCAAUUCUUUCUCACUUCUCGUCAUUCAAUCGUUCAUUCAUUCUCCGAACACUCUCCAGCAUUAAAUAUGGAAGACUAUACAUCACAAUGAAAGAUGAAAAUGAGACGAAACCGAGACUUUUCGGUAACACAUCGACAGAGUCGAUCGAUUCAAGCGAGCCCAAAUGCUCAGUUAUUAUUAAUAGCCCUAACGUUUGGACUCGAAUGUCUAUCAAUGCUGAUUUGAUUCUCAAGGGAUUUUCAGAGGCAUUAAUGGUAGGAGAAUUGGAGUGUGAUGAUCUUGUUGCUCUUGUUUCCAUAAUUCCUCGUAUUCAAAAACUCUUCUUCAGACCCUCAAAUGAUAGUCGACGCGCUCUCCAGAACGCAUCAUCCCACUACGAUACCUCGAACGCACUUUUCUCUUCUUUUCUAUCCCCAGACAUGAGUUACUCGUGUCCAAUAUGGGAUACUACUGGUAAAGAAGAAACUCUCGAGGAAGCACAGAGACGAAAAGUGCACAAUAUUAUUGAUAAAGCGGAUAUCAAGCCAGAACAUCACAUCCUCGAAAUUGGAGGCAGAUGGGCAUAUCUAGCUAUCGAAGCUACUCUGGGCGAGAAAAGGGUAGAAGAGGCGGGAUUAAAAGAUCGAAUUGAGAUAUUGCUUUGCGACUAUAGGCAGACUCCUAAGCCUAGUCCUGCAGGGUUUGAUAGGAUAAUCAGUGUCGAAAUGGUGGAACAUGUUGGGGAGGAGUACAUGGAGACCUAUUUUAGGACGAUUAGCGAAUUGUUGAACAAAGAAAAUGGAAUCAUGGUAAUACAAAGUACAACCGAAACAAAUCAGCAGGGCUUCCACCAAACUCGAUCCAAGAUCGACACUUUCAUGGAGCGUUACAUCUUCCCAGGAGGAUAUCUCCCCACCGUAAGAGAGAUCAUUGAACGCCUUGAAGCGGGAUCUACUGGUUCUCUAGAGCUCGAAAGUGUGCAAAGUAUAGGUCCUCAUUAUGUGCGAACUUUGCGUUUAUGGAGGGAAAGCUUUAUCCGGAACUGGGAUAAGACUAAGCUGUUAUACAUGAAAGAAAGAGGAGACAUGACACUAUUAGAUCUCGAAACUUUCCAAAGAAGGUGGAUUGGUUACUUUAGUUAUUGCGAAGCAGGCUUCCGAGCUGGUAUCUUAGGAAACCAUGUAAUUACUGCGAAGAGGCCACAAGUUCUGUCCCCAAGUGGAAUUGUUCCACUUUAA